UUUAUCGCUGAUUCGCUGCAUAUGUUGAAUGCGGUGUCGGGAACUAUUUGAUUGAUAAUUAAAUAUAUUCACGAUUUGAUAAAUUCCAAGUUAAAGUGAUUAAAAAUGAAUACCUAUCUUCCACUGCAGUAUCGUGAAGUUCCGAUGAGGCAUCUUUCGCCAAAUGUAAGUAGUUGGCGAGAGAUCAACGUAAGUACGGGAGGGAUCCACAACAUGCUACAAGAUGUAAAAACUUCAGAGCAAUGUGGAGGUUAUAAUUUUGCUGAACGUGAGGACUAUCGGUCGAAUCGCUUUAUUUACUGGCGUACUUGCGGGGAUUCCAUUUUUCUCUGUGAGAUUAGUAUGAAUUUAAACUUGGCUAAUAAUCAUUUGAAAAUUAGUUUCGACGAAAGCCCGAUUUUGUCGGUCGAUAUUAGCGGUAAUCAGUUGCAGGUGAUUUUACUAAUUGUAACUGUAACAAGUGUGCACCGGAUUUUGUUACGACACCCAAAAGCUAACAGUGUGAAUCCUGAUGGAAUGCACGAGUCGGUGUUGGCAUCCAUCACCAAGGAGCAGAUAUGUGAUGCGUCUUCGUUCUAUGUUAUAAGCAACGAUAUUGGUCAAUCUUUGCCCUUAAUUGCGGCUGCAUAUCGGUUAGAACAUGACGCCAACGAUUGUGACGCCUUUUAUGCAGUUUCGACAGUGUCGGCGCUAUAUUUAUUUCAAAUGGGAAGUCUAGGAGGGGUGAAAAUGACCGAACUAAAACACAGUCAACUAAUUUCUCGUUUGUUUUCUAAUUUAACGGAUGCGUGGAGAAAAAAGAACGCCAACACUCCUGAUCAAGUAGUUUCAUUAUUAUUCGGCCAAAUAGAAGGCCAAUCAGUAUUGUAUGCUUUCUAUCGUAAUAAUAUUGCUCGCAUUUGGUCUCUAAACGGAUCCUGCAUUGGAGUAGAAUGUCUAGUUAAACAUUCUGAUCAACGACUGGAAGGAUCCCAGAAUUUAAUGGUUCGAAAAUCCGGUUCCCUUCUUUGCGUAUUUUUGGCAUAUUCGGACUGUUCGGAAUUUAUCAUAUUCCGCCCUGUUGUCGAUGAUUCAAGUAACGUCAGUUUGAAUAAAGAAGCUGAUAUUUGGGCCCCAAAUUACGAUCUAAUCGAUUACAAAAUAUCGGAUCAAGCUAUUUGGGCCUUAUGGUGUAACGCUGAAGGUGAGAUGAAAGUGUUAACAUGUUCAUUCAACAGUGAGUCGUGUAAUUUUUGGCUUCCCAUACUACUGGAAACAAUGGACGACAAGUAUAUGGCAAAACUGAAGGGAACUGAUUUGAAACAUGAAUAUUGCAAUCGUAUAUUUCACUCUGGCAAGUUUCAUAACAAUGUUAUUGCAAAAACUCUUUCUAUGUUCAACCGAAGCUUCAGUUAUUCCGGUUCUGUCAUCUCUACGGCUGCUUUGAAACGUCACGUAUGCAGCUAUAUCGAUGGAGAGUUGCAGAAUGAGCGAAAAAUGCAAAAUAUUACAGAUGAAGAGUUUAUAGAGCUAUCGUCGACCUUGUGGGAAAAGUUUUAUUUGUGCUGCUGUCAAUACAAUUUCGAAGCUUGUCAGCCUGUCGGCAUGCUCGUACUUGAAGAGAUCAAUGUUUCCUGUUUGAUACGGAAGAAGUUAAUUUCCUUUUUUCGACCAUGCGAUGAAUUAGAACGGGCACUGCUUUCGGAGAACUAUCCUGGAAGUAUAGCUCGUAUUGGGGAAAAAUCUGUGCAAAAAGAUGUCGCUGUACUAGUGCGAGUCUUGAAGCAGAUUGAUAAAUUUGUACCGGAGGAUGAGGCAACAGAAAUCGAGUCCUGCUUAAGCCAGUUGCGUUCAAUUAAGGAUGUUAUGGCAACCAUUUCUACUUUACAGAAUCUUGAAAAUCAGUGUAACCUGACAGCUGUAAUUCAAUCCAUCGAUGAUCUUCCCAGGUCUGUAGCUGUUGUCCUUCAGAUGCUCAAGUUGGAUUAUGAUUUGCCUCCAGCGGAGACCAGUUUGUAUCCCAGCUUGAGAAGUCUUCCCUUUGGUGGUCUUUUGGGAGUUCAGCUGCUAACCGAAACCGUCCGCCAAAUGAUUCGACUUCGUUUUCUAGCCGUAAGGAAUUUAAUUAUUUUACAACAUCUAUUGUUGAACAAUUCUGCACUAAACUGCAAUGCAAUGGAAAUUAUUCGUUCCAAGUGUAUUCCCGAUAGUGAGGUGUUUCUUCAAUCAUACUAUGUAAUGUAUUGGAUCGCCAUGUCGACUGUUGAUUAUGCAGCUGUUCGCAGUAAAUCGUUAGAGAGCGAUGCUUCCUUAGUGAUUGGACAUGAAGAAGCUUACGGUUUCGAGUAUAUUUCAUUGUUGCAUCUUUUUGUUGCUACAAAGGGACUUAAAGCGAGUAUGGGGAACGAGAUGAAGCACAGUAUGAUGAAUAAUUCCGACUGGUUCAACGUUUUGCUUGAUAUUUGCAACGGAUUGUUACGUCUAAUCUGGCCUGUAGCGGGCGAUUUCACAUUCGGACAGUGGCUCAUGCAAGGCGAAAUGCAUAUCUUCAUAGAAGAGUAUGUUCGCUUACUGAAUUCUUGGUGCGAGUGGAACAACUGCUCUCGGAAUUUUAUUCUGGCCAAAUCAUACCUCUUAAACGGCGAAAACUCGAAAGCUUUAGAUUUGUUUCCACAAUCAGCAAAGGGCAUCCUCAACGAACCUUAUCUAAUCACUUUUACCAAAUCAUCGGACACUGUCUCUGUGCCACCGGAUGAGAUGCUUAGCCUUUAUUACCUUAAAGUGAUACGACUAUUCGAACAUUAUGGUGCAUACGACUGCAUUAAUGUUCUGGCUCAAAUCGCAAUAGGAACGUCAGUACAAAGUAAACAACAGGCGAUGUUUCAAAGCAUAGAUUUUAGUAGUCAUAUGGAGUUGGGACACUACGAAGAAGCAUAUCAUUCGUUAGUUUACAACUGUGAACAGACGCGGAAGAAAGACUGUUUGCGUCAAUUAGUGUGGCGCUUGUUCCAGGCUAGAAAGUUUAACAUUUUGAUUGAUCUUCCGUACUACGGCUUAGAGAUGGAGUUUCAAAAUAUUGUGGAAAUGCACGCUCGCUCAGUGGAGAUCACAGAAAAUAGCCACUAUGACUUUUUGUAUUCCUACUUUAUUUUGAAGGGUAAUAUGAGGAAAGCUGCUCUUAUCGCGUAUGAAAAAGCUAUGAGAUGUCAGUUGGAAUGUAAUUCGCAAGUGUUUCUCAAAAUGCGUUGUGAGUCCUUGUUAAAAUGUGUUAAUGCAUUGAACCUAGUAGCUGCUGAUUAUGCCUGGAUCGCUAAGCCCACUGUUUUCAAAGAAAAUAAAUCUCAGGAGGAACAGAAAUCACAGAUUGUAGUUAUCAGUUUGGCUGAUGUACGGAAGGAACUGAUGGUGACGGAAGCUAUCCUGGUAAUUUCAAAACAGCUAGAAGACUAUAAGGCAAUUCUAGAUAUCGAUAUCGACGAGCUCAUUGUCAUUUUAGCGAAUGCUAAGCUAUAUGCAACCGCAUUUAAGUUAGCGCAUGCUCUUGGUAGAAGUGUACUUCCAGUUUACGAGAGUCUUGCAGUUGCAUGUGUAAUGUGUGCUAUGCAAGAUGCAGCUGAUAAUUGGGAUUGGUUACAUAAAAAUAAUCUUGAAGAAUCGAUAAUCAGUUCUGACAGUACGGAUACUGCAUGGAACUUCCUGCAAUAUUGCCUAUCAAAUCAAACCAAUGACCAGGAUGCUUGCUAUGGAUCAGUAAUGAAUCAAAUCAUUUCCAAAAAUGCAUUUCCUCCGCAGUGGCUCACAGAUUGGUGUAUGAAUAAAACGCCGACAAAGCUACUGCAACUAUACAUCGAUUAUGGACGGCUCGAGGAGGCAUAUGACAUCGCAGUUAAAUUAAUCCAAUCCCACUUAAUUAGUCGCUCUUCUAUAACAUCGCUCCAUUUCAACCGGUUUUUGUUACCUAUCACGCUGAUCGAUCGUCUUCUAAACGAAUUUAGCAAGGACGUUAAGUUCCAAGAGCAAAUCAACAUUCUCGGGGAGCUGAUUAAUUGCAUUGCAACUUAAGGAUCUUUACUAAUUGUUUUGAAAUAAAAAAAAUCUAACAAGUCUUGAAAUGG